CGACAAAAGAGUGCCAGAAUUUAGGGAAGAGCAGGGAGAUAGAAAUGAAGUAAGAGCAGGGGAUGAAAAUGAAUAUAUGGCGAAGAGGAAAGGAGCCAUUUAGUGAACAAUGUCAGGGAAGCAAUUUCAGCGUCAUCCUCAAACAAACGGGUUAAAGAGAUGAGGAUUGAUCGUCUUAGCGCAUUGCCAGAUUCCUUGCUUAUUCAUAUUCUCUCCCAACUUAGUAUGGAUGAAGCCGCUAGUCUCUCGGUGUUGUCCAGAAGGUGGCAAUUUCUGUGGACCGAAUUGCCUAGCCUAGACUUUUGGGGACAUCCGAAAGGAGUAGAUUUUGUGCCUUGGGUUCACAGGGCCCUUCUUCUUCGUCUUCUUCGUGGUGCAACUUGUUUGGAAAGUUUUAGGGUUCUAUUUAGGUACAAUAACUACUUUGCUUCGGAUGUAAAUGCUUGGGUUCAAUUUGCUAUCAAAAGUAAGGUGAAAGAGCUUACUUUAUUGCUAAAAUCCGAUGAACACUUCUAUAUGCUUCCUCAAACGUUGUUUUCUAAUUCGUCUUUGACAUCAUUGUGGUUGGAAAGAUGCACUGUGGCUCCUCAUAGAACAAUUGAGUGGCAAUCUUUGUCUCAUCUGCAGAUUGAAGAUGUAGAGUUGCGAGAUGAUGUAGUUCAAAAGAUAUUAUCUGGUUGUCCAGUUCUGGAUAGUUUACGUCUGACAGAAUGUUGGGGAUUCAAUUUUCUGGAGGUCAACUCUCGAAGUCUUGCCUCACUUGGUGUAUCAGUGCACGAAGAUAAGAUGAGUAAACAGUUGGUAGAAAUCUCAGCACCCUAUAUCAGGACAUUGAAUAUCGGAUUUCAUCUUUCAAGAACAAAGAUGCAGCUGAGCAACAUACCAUCUGUUGUUGAUGCUAAUAUUGAUUUCAGCGUGUCUCGUAGCUCUGUGGAUGUGAUGAAUAACAGCAUGGAACUUCUUGAAAAGCUUCAGCAUGUCAAAGUGCUCUUACUUGGAUGUGGUUUCAUUGAGGUUAUAUCAAACAUGGUGGUGCAUGGUUGGCGGCUUCCACAAUCUCGGCAAGACAAUUUGGUAAUAGAUACAUGGAGAGAUAGCAAUAGCAUUCCUGCCAUUGUAGGCCUGCUCGAAUCUUCUACGAAACUGAACACAUUGGUCAUACAGUGCUGUGACUCUUGUGAGGAAUCUGUCACGGCCCAAGGACCAGUGGCGAGGGAUGAUUUAGUUUGUGAUUUGUUGCAUUUGAAGGUUGUUCAUUUCGUAGGCUAUGCAAAUCCUUAUCUUGCCGGCGAGCCAAUGCUAACGGUGGCUCGAAUCUUGCUUAAGAGAGCUACGGCUUUGGAGAAGAUGGUGAUCGAUUAUGACAAAGAUUUGACUAAUUUCCCUUCAGAUGUUCCCCAGAUAGUUCAAACGGUGCUUAGUUAUCCAAGAUCUUCUGAAAAAGCCAUAGUUGUUCUCCACGAAUGAUCUCAGGAAAAAAGACCAUACUCAUUCUCCAAUGAAGUUCAUUUGUUUACUGCUGCAUUUUGGUUUAAAGUUCAAGAUUUUAAAACUACUUCAUAGUUUUAUACUGACCUGAACUCUUAUUUAUUUUGAUUGUCUUAAAAAACUUAGUUGGUUAUAAAAGACUGCCAUAAUUGUGCUAGUUUUAACCUUGUCGUUUAAUUCGUUAACAAAUACUACGUAGCUUUCUAAGUAUGCUGUUACUGUAUUUCUUUCUUUAAGACUGAAUAACGUAAUAUUAAUUA